UUUCCAUUGGCAACAAAUUCUCUCUUUCUCUACCCUCCCGUUGACCUGAAUUUCGUCAGUUUGUUUGAUUUACUACAUCGUUCAUUUUGAUUUCGAAUUUUUCUUUCUCAAACAAUGAAACGAGAUGUUGGAUAGUUACGAAGAAAAUGAACUAAUUUGGGAUGAAAGUGACACUCGUCCAAUCGGAUUAACUGACCACCACAAACGACCACUUGUUGAUUCUAUUUCAAGAAUAUCGACCAUCACCACCACCUCCACAACCACAACAGCAACAACAACAUCCAACUCCAGUUUGGACAAGAGUUUAUCUAUAUGUUUCUCUGAUAUCUCCUCAAUUAAUGGUCCUCAAGAUGAUCACAAUAGUGAUCUUAAUUACAGUGAUUGUAGCCAAAGUGUAACAACGGAUCUCACUGGUGAACCUGUGAUAAAUUCAAAUGUUUUCGGAUCAAUUGGGACCAAUAAUGGUGAACAAGAAUUAGGUCCUGAUGUUUGUCUUGAUUUUGAUUUUCAUGUUGCAAGAUCGUUCAAUGGUGUUUCAAGGUUAACUCAGAAUAACAAUAGUGCUAAUUGUGGAUCAUCUGUUUCCUCUUCAUCUACUUCUUUAUAUUCCUACACUGGAGAUGAGCGAAGGUCCAAAAGCUAUGGUAACCUUAAAGAUUUGGAUCGAGAGUCUCAAGUUGUUACUUCGGCUAACCAGCAAUUAGCGAAAUGGAGAGAUGACACCAUUAACUGUUCCACUCCAAGGAAAGCAGGUUAUCGUGUUACUUUUGAGAUUAUUUCCGCUCGAACGGUAACCACAGGAGCUUCGAGUGGUGUAAAGAGUAAACAUGUUUCGUACACAAUUAUAAUCAAGAGAUGCCCUGGAUUGGAAAGUCAGCCUGGAGUAAUUGAACGAAGAUACACCGAAUUCUCGUCCCUUUACAUGGGCCUAAUGAAACGAUUUCCGCUUCUGCUGAAAGAUUUUAAUUUCCCAAAGAAAACGCUGGUCGGCAAUUUUACCAGUCAAGUGAUCAGAGAGCGAUCGAUCGCCUUUCAAAGUCUUCUAACUUAUUGUCUGUCGGUGGAUGAACUACGAACCAGUCGACCUUUUGUCGAUUUCCUUCAUUCUAAAGAGAUGAUUGAAACUCGUCGAUAUUUGAAAUCGCGUAAUUUUGAAGACGCGGCAAACAUUUUGGAGAAUUGUUUCUUUAUCCAAGAAAAGAUCACACUCCAAGGAGAAAACGAUCAGUCAAACGCUCAAGUCUAUCAGAUUCUAAUUCUACUGGUUACCUCGAUGAUCGCCUCCGGUAGCCCACAGGAGGCCUUAAAUUAUGCCCAAAAGGCGAUUCCAAUGGUCUUGGAAAACGAUUACUAUGAUCGUCAUGAAUUAACUGUGCCAUUUUUACGACUAACCCGACAAUUAAUUGAACGCUCAGGAAAACCUGUUGAUGCCUUUGACCGUAAAUUUGUCCAAUUAAGAGAGAAAGGAAUCAAAAUAAAUGAGAAAAUGGUUAAUCUGAUUGAACUAAUUGUGAAAAAGGAUUACACUAAUUUAACUUGCCUUCGAUUUUUUUAAAAAAUCUAAACUAAAUCAACCAGUAAAACAAGUAAAUCGCAAUCACAACCUUCAACAACAACAACAACAACUGAAACAAUUUACCAUCACUUUCAACUAUGCAUCUUGGAAAUCACCACCUCAAUGAUUAAAAAAAGCUAAUUAAUAUAAUAACAUCAUACGUGUUGAAUCAAAUUUCAUCAUCAUCACAAUUAUCAACAAACCAUUGUCUCAAUCAUCACUAUCACCUACAAUUAAUAUAUUUAAAGACUUCAUAACAACAAAAAAAACGCCAUUUCCAAACAAUUAAACUAACAUUGCCAUAGCCAUGAUUAUAAUAAUCAAUGAUAAUCAUUUUUUUAUCGAACCAAAUCAAUAAAUUAAAAACCUUGUACCAUUUUAAUUGCUUCCCAAUAACACUUAUAAAAAAUGCUUCAUUUAAAUUAACCAUUGAUCUUGUAACAAACUCAAUGCUCAUAUUUGGAUGAACUUGAUGAGCCGGACAUUGGUCAUUUGAACCUUUUUUGUGCCAACACUUUUGCCCAUCCAAUCUUGGUGAGAAUCGGAAAGUUGAGAGUUCGGGGAUCCUCGAGACGACUGGUUCGAGCCUUGAGCGGGUGGGUAAUUGAUUUCGAUCAAAUUGGUUUCGAUCCAAUUGAUUUCGAUCAAUUUCAGAGAGCCUUAAAAACUUUCGAAAACAACAACAAAACAGAUCACAUGAAAAAAUCCCCAUUUGGAAUUGGCCGCAAGGUUGAUUUUUUUUCGAACUCACAAAUUGAAAUGUUCUGAUCAUUAGUACAAUUGAUUUUCGAUAUCAUUGAUCAUAUGAUCUUAAUCGACUUAUUUAUUUUACUUUCAUGUUGAAGGAAAACUUGUUCUCCAAAUUUAUGUUGAAAUGAAAAUCGUGAGCUGGACAUUGGUCAUUAGUAUUUCUUUUGUUCUGAUUCUUUCGCCCAUCCAAUCUUGGCGAGAAUCUUAUAGUCCAGAGUUCGGGGAUCUCUGGGUUUCUGGUUCGAACCUUGAGCGGGUGGGUAUUUGUACUGAGCUAUAAAUAAAACAGAAAAAAGUGAAAUAAAAUUCUCCGUCUCAGAUGCCGAAUAAAAAAA